AUGGACCAACCAGAGGAAACAAAUGCUGCGCACACACAAGUCGGAUGGAACUUCAUUGUGCUGAUGAGCCGCCAGGGAAAAAUUCGCUUGAGCGAAUUCUUUUCCAGUUACACAGAAAAUGAGAAAAGGCGAAUCCUUAGAGACAUUGCAGCUGAUAUAUUGCCUCGUGCUCCGAAAAUGUGUAACAUCAUUGAAAAGGGAUCUUACAAGUUUGUUUACAGACGUUAUGCUAGUCUUUACUUCGUUGUUGGUGUUCCGUUGGGAAUGAACGAACUGAUUGUACUGGAACAAAUCCACCUUUUCGUGGAAGCACUAGACGGAUAUUUCAACUCAGUUUGCGAAUUAGACCUAGUAUUUUCUUUGCAUAAGUCUCUUCUCAUUCUUUUUGAAAUGUUCAUUGGUGGCAUGUUGUGCGAGAGUAACAAACGCCAAGUGUUGAAUGCAAUUGGCGAAGCUGAAGAGCUGGUAGAGGAAAUGACCAAACCUGGCGAGGAUACUGCAAGUCAGCUUGACGACGGAUUGAGUUUCCAGGAGCAAUUUCAGCUUGGGAGAAAGCCUGGAAGACGAACGGGAGGUGGUGCUGGGAGGUAG